GCCACGGAUCUAAAGUUUUAUACAGUAGAGGAAUGUACGCAAGCUUUUAUUGCAACGUUGGGCUUAAGUUGUAUGGAAGCAACUCGUUACGAUGUCUACGGAAUGGAGAUUGGGACCUACCAAUGCCUAUCUGCAUAGAUAGUGGAUGUGCUCAUCCUGGAAAAAUUGUAAAUGGAUUUCAGAAAGACUACGAAUCGUUCAGCAUCAUCACAUACCAGUGCUACGAUGGUUAUUUGUUGAAAGGCUCGUCAUUAAUCUACUGCGACGGCGCCACCUGGAAUGACACGGUGCCGGAAUGCGUGAGAAGUACAGCUAGGGUAUCGUCCGCACCAUUGUAUAAUUGCCAUGACCCAGGGGAAGUGGAUAACGCUGUACGAAAUGAUGACCCACUCCAUGGCACUAUCAGUUAUAUUUGUAUAGGUGAUUACAAGUUGCUCGGUUCCCAGGUUAUAGAGUGCCAGUUUAAUAAAAAAUGGUCGUCAUCGAAACCAACAUGUGCCAAAAAAGGGUGCGUGGAAUUAUCAGUUCCAAUGAAUGCAUCAGUGAUUCCGAUCUACGACGGUGCAGCCAUGUUGUACCAAUGCGAUUCGGGUUAUGAGAUCAUUGGUUCCACGAUAAUAUACUGCGAUGGUAGAAACUGGAACGAUUCCAUUCCACAAUGUGUCCACCUAAAAUCCGAAAGUGAUAGAACACACAACGUUGCUGUCCCACGCCCGAGCGGUGUGUCGGACAAUGAAAACGACAGCUUGUUUCGAAUUGACGAUGGAAUGCGCUGCGAUUUUACAAACGUCAGGCAACCCAAUUCUGGAUAUGGCAUUAUCACCAAACGAGACAGUUAUGGUAGUUUCUAUCGUGUUGUUAAGUAUUUCUGUGCAGAAGGUUAUAAAUUGAUAGGAGGUGAUUUGGAGCUGAUUUGCACACAUGGUAAAUGGGUCGGCGAUUUUCCCGUGUGCAGCCCAGACGAUCCUUGUGUAGUCAAUAACGGCGGGUGUGAACAUAAAUGUAAGAACAUUAAUGGCCAAGUUCAAUGUGAGUGUAAUAAAGGGUAUGAACUGAAGAAUGGUAUCAAAUGCAUAGAUAUUAACGAGUGUUUGGAUGGUAAAGGACAUGGUCCAUGUCAACAUAGUUGUACGAAUACUAAUGGUGGAUAUUCGUGUUCCUGUUUUACUGGUCAUAUACUCAUGGAGGAUGGUAUCAACUGUCAAGUUUUACCAUGCGAGGAUGACAAUGGAGGAUGCUCACAUAUUUGUACAAAUGAUGAUAAUCAGGCUGUAUGUUCUUGUUACCGUGGAUACUACAUCGACCAGGCUGAUGGGAAGACGUGCAUUGAUUUGAACGAGUGCAGCCUGCAGCAAUUCUCUCGUCGCUGUUCUUUUGGGUGUGAGAAUACCUAUGGAUCGUUUAGAUGUACAUGCCCACGUGGUUUCAUCACCGCUCCAAACGGCAUACAAUGUUUAGAUAUUAACGAGUGUUUAAUUGAGGGUACUUGCCACCAUAACUGUAUAAAUCUGCCAGGCAGUUAUCAAUGUACUUGUCAUGAUGGAUAUCUCAUUAUGCCCGAUGGGAAAACCUGCGAUGGUUGUCGAAUUAAUUCCUUCAAAAGUUCUAGUACCAACGAGUGCAUAGAAUGUCCAAGAAACUCUCACACAAAGGGGACAGGCAAAACCUCUCUUAAUGACUGUGUUUGUAACAGUGGUUUUACUGGGGACCCUGGUAAUGGUAUUAACUGUCAAGAUAUAAAUGAGUGUCAAACAGACAACUUUGGCUGUUCUGAUAACUGCGUUAACACCCCGGGGAGUGCUUACUGUGUCUGUAAUGUGGGAUACCGCUUAGAAAAUGAGAAGGUGUGCAUUGAUAUUGAUGAGUGUAGCCUGGGUAAUGGUGGAUGUGAACACACGUGUAAUAAUACAGAUGGUAGUUUUGCAUGCACGUGUAAAGACGGAUAUAUUAUUGAUCCACUAGAUCCCUAUUUAUGUGCAGAUAUUGACGAAUGCCUGCAUAAUAAUGGAGGAUGUGAUCAACGAUGUGUUAACUACCCAGGAGGCUAUCUGUGUGAAUGUGACGGAGCAUCGAUCGUGGACGAUGACAGGAAGACUUGCAAACCUGUGGUGUGCAGUGCCCUUGCUAUACCGGCACGUGGACGAGUGAAACCUCGGGGCAAAUGUACUGGCAGCAAUCCAGACACUUUAUUAGAGGUUGGAACGGAAUGCGUGUUUGAUUGCUUGAAAGGAUAUGAAUUGGAAGGAUCUGAUCGCCGAAUCUGUGAGCCUAAUGGCAGAUGGUCAGGUUCAGAGACGUCUUGCAAGCCUGUCUAUUGUCCAGCAAUUGUUCCGCCGGAGAAUGGGCGUUUAUUGCCAGCGUCGUGUCAAAACAGUCAGAGCCCUUACCAAUCCCAGUGUGUAUUUACCUGCGAUGAAGGAUACCGGUUAAGUGGUCCUCGAAUAACUAAAUGUCUUUUCAACAAAAAAUGGAACAGUCGUGACAGGGAACCUAUGUGUAUUAAAGAUGUACAGGAACCAGUGAUUACUUGUUCCCCUGACGUGACGGUUGACCUGGACCAGGGGAAUUCAACUGCAAUUGUAUCUAUUCCCACACCAGUGUACGAACACGGGAGCCUUCGAGUGAAUCGCCCUACCCACAAUGCACCUUUUCCCGCCGGCACUACUCUGGUGUACUUCACAGUCGUGAGCGACGAGGAUGAAAAGAAGGCGGCUAAUUGCACCACCAAGGUCAAUGUUAUAGAUAAAGAACCACCAAAGGUACUUCACUGUCCAGAGUCGAUGUUCGUUGAAACGGCUGAACAGUAUCCAACAGAUAUACAAUGGGAAGACGCGACGUUUACGGACAACGUAGGGAUUAAAGAUAUUCUUCCCUUCUUUAGGAAUCCCGGUGGUACACUUACCUGGGGUAUUCAUCAUAUAAAAUACAUUGCCAAAGAUGCAGCUAACAAUGCAGCAGAAUGUUCUUUCAAUAUCGUUAUAGAGCCGAAAAGUUGCGGUUUACCUGAUGGUCCACUGAAUGGUGUCCCAGACUGUGUGGACUGGUUAUAUGGUGAAAUAUGCAACCCUACAUGCAAUGAAGGAUAUGUAUUUUAUGAGGGAACAGCGAAAAGCGUGUAUGUAUGUGGUGUUGAUGCAAAGUGGUCACCGAGCAGGCAACUACCAGACUGUACAGAGUAUUCAAACCUGGGAAGCAAUGGCGUGUGCCCACCUGGCACAGAGUUGAAAUCGUAUGAGCAGUUUGAGGAAGAAGUAUGUGUCACGUGUCCACGAGGGAUGUACAUGCCACAGAAUGAGACUACUUGCAUUGCCUGCCAGUUGGGAUAUUAUCAAGACGAGUUCGGAUCAACUGAUUGUAAACUGUGUCCAAGUGGUUUCACGACAUAUCACAAUAGCAGUAUUGAUCUCAGUGACUGCAAAGCUGCCGUCAUAACGACUGAAGCAUAUGGGAAAAGUGACCCGGAUGUAACUAAAAGUACUCCUGUAACUCAUUACAUCACUGAAACCUACGACGAUAAAAAGAAGUAAAUAUUUGAAAAUCGCGAGUUAUCGUAUACGUACAACAAAGAGGAGAGGUGUCAUUGAUUGAAUCACAUACACGAG